UUGACGUUUGUCAAUUUGACAGAUUUGGCUUUCUCUAAAAACAUACGCAAAAACUAGAGAAUUUAAAAAAAGUGUGUUUUAUUUUGUACAUAAUUUGGUGAUUAUUUCUAAUUAAAAACUAAUAUAAUUAAGAAUUAUUCUCGUAUAAAAUAAAGCGAAAGAAAAGACGGUAUGCCUUACGCCAACACACCAUCGGUGACCAUUACCGAGCUGACUGAUGACAAUGUGAAAUUCGUCGUAGAAGACACCGACUUGAGCGUGGCCAAUAGUCUUCGGCGCGUAUUCAUUGCCGAGACUCCAACUUUAGCUAUCGAUUGGGUGCAAUUAGAAGCAAAUUCAACAGUUUUAUCUGAUGAGUUUUUGGCCCAUCGCAUAGGACUGAUUCCAUUGAUAUCGGACGAAGUUGUAGAACGCCUUCAAUACACACGAGAGUGUGUCUGCUUGGAUUUCUGUCCCGAAUGUAGUGUAGAAUUCACUUUGGAUGUUAAAUGUGCUGAAGAACAAACACGUCACGUAACCACAGCCGAUUUAAAGUCAAGCAACCAGAAGGUUCUUCCGGUGACAUCCCGUCUACAGAACGACGAAGACAACGAAUAUGGAGAAAACACUGAUGAGAUUUUACUCAUCAAAUUGCGUAAAGGUCAAGAACUUAAAUUAAGAGCUUAUGCUAAGAAAGGAUUUGGCAAAGAACACGCAAAAUGGAAUCCUACUUGUGGUGUUUGUUUUGAAUAUGAUCCCGAUAAUGCGAUGCGACACACAUUGUACCCCAAACCAGAUGAGUGGCCAAAAAGUGAACACACCGAAUUGGAUGAUGAUCAAUAUGAAGCACCCUACAAUUGGAAGAUAAAACCAAAUAAAUUCUUUUAUAAUGUAGAAGCUGCUGGAGCUCUUAAGCCAGAGAAUAUUGUCAUAAUGGGGGUUCAGGUGCUAAAGAAUAAGCUUUCCAAUUUACAGACGCAACUCAGUCAUGAAACACAAAAUGACGCUCUAGCUGUUUAGCUGCUGUAUUUUUUUUCUUUUCUUGAUGUAAUGCUAAUUGAAUAAAAAAUUUAAAUAUAAUAAA